AUGAACGGCACACAGUUCACAGACCGGGCCAACAAGGCUUUGCUGGACUCCAGCGGCCUGGCCGAACAAUACGCACACUCUCAAAUCCUCCCUAUUCAUCUAGCCGUCUCACUUCUCAACCCUGCCCCGGACGACUCGGAAGACGGGCAGCCUGCCGGCCACCCCUCACACGAUGGCGCGUCGAUGCCGCUUUUCCGCCAGGUUGUCGAGAAAGCUCAUGGUGAUCCUCAGCUUCUUGACCGAUCCUUGAUGAAGCUGCUGGUCCGCCUGCCGAGUCAAGACCCUCCUCCGGAAACCGUCAGCGUCUCUCCUCAGCUCGCCAAAGUCAUCCGCGCCGCUACCGACCUGUCCAAGACUCAGAAGGACAGCUUCGUUGCCGUGGACCACUUGAUCCAAUCGAUGGCCCAAGAUCAACAGGUCCAGCGCGCUCUAGCGGAUGCCAACAUUCCUAAUAUCAAAUUGAUCGACACUGCGGUUCAGCAAAUCCGAGGCACGCGACGAGUCGACUCCAAGACGGCCGACUCGGACAGCGAGAACGAGAACUUGAAGAAAUUCACCAUCGACAUGACCUCCUUGGCUCGCGAGGGUAAAAUUGACCCCGUCAUUGGCCGAGAGGAAGAGAUUCGCCGAGUGAUCCGCAUCCUGAGUCGGCGAACCAAGAACAACCCCGUCCUCAUUGGUGAACCUGGUGUGGGUAAGACCACCAUUGUCGAAGGUCUUGCCCGCCGCAUCGUGAACGCCGAUAUCCCCGCCAACCUGGCUCAGUGUCGUCUGCUCUCUCUCGAUGUCGGCUCGCUGGUUGCUGGCAGCAAAUAUCGCGGCGAGUUCGAAGAACGCAUGAAGGGUGUCCUGAAGGAAAUUGAAGAUUCCAAGGAUACCAUUGUUUUGUUUGUUGACGAAAUCCACUUGCUCAUGGGUGCGGGAUCCAGCGGCGAAGGUGGCAUGGAUGCCGCCAACCUUCUCAAGCCUAUGCUGGCCCGCGGCCAGUUGCAUUGCAUCGGUGCCACGACACUUGGCGAGUACCGCAAAUACAUUGAAAAGGACCAGGCCUUUGAGCGCCGAUUCCAGCAGGUUCUUGUCAAGGAGCCGUCGGUUUCGGAAACCAUCUCCAUUCUUCGUGGACUUAAAGAAAAAUACGAAGUCCACCACGGUGUCAACAUUCUGGAUGGCGCUAUCGUCACCGCCGCCACCCUUGCAUCUCGCUACCUGACAGGCCGUCGACUUCCCGAUUCUGCGGUUGAUCUGAUUGACGAAGCCGCUGCCGCUGUUCGUGUCACUCGGGAGUCUGAACCCGAGGCUCUCGACACUUUGGAACGAAAACUGCGACAGCUUCAGAUCGAAAUUCAUGCUUUGGAGCGCGAGCAAGACGAGGCGUCCAAAACUCGCUUGGAGGCCGCCAAGCAGGAAGCAGCCAACGUCACCGAAGAGCUACGACCCAUGCGCGAAAAGUACGAGAGCGAAAAGCAGCGCAGCAAGGAAGUGCAGGACGCCAAGAUCAAGCUUGACUCCCUCAAGGUCAAGCGAGACGAGGCGGAGCGCAUGGGCGACACGCAGACAGCUGCUGACCUUGAAUACUACGCCAUCCCAGAGACCAAGACCCUCAUUGAGCGACUGGAAGCCGACCGGGCCAAGGCCGAUGCCGAACGUCGCGCUAACCAGGGCGACACUGGUGAGGCUUUACUUGCCGACGCGGUUGGCCCUGACCAAAUCAAUGAGAUCGUCGCUCGCUGGACCGGCAUUCCUGUCACACGACUCAAGACUACCGAAAAGGACAAGCUGCUCAACAUGGAAAAGUAUCUGGGUAAGCUCGUCGUCGGCCAAAAGGAGGCUGUUGUCUCUCAAUCCCAAUUCUCCCCCAGCUUCCUGUUCUGUGGUCCUUCUGGCACGGGUAAGACUCUGCUCACCAAGGCGCUGGCCGAGUUCCUCUUCGAUGACUCCAAGGCAAUGAUCCGCUUCGACAUGUCCGAGUACCAAGAGCGCCACUCGCUGAGCCGGAUGAUUGGUGCUCCGCCAGGCUACGUCGGCCACGACGCCGGUGGCCAGCUAACAGAGAGCCUGCGGCGCCGCCCCUUCUCGAUCCUGCUGUUCGACGAGGUCGAAAAAGCCGCCAAGGAGGUGCUGACUGUUCUCCUGCAAUUGAUGGAUGACGGCCGCAUCACCGACGGCCAGGGCCGAAUUGUCGACGCGAAGAACUGCAUCGUCGUCAUGACCUCCAACCUGGGCGCCGAAUACCUGGCCCGGCCCACGACCCGAGACGGCCACAUCGACCCGCAGACCCGGGAGCUCGUCAUGGGCGCACUCCGCGAUUACUUCCUGCCGGAAUUCCUCAACCGAAUAUCCAGCACCGUCAUCUUCAACCGUCUCACUAAGAGGGAGAUCCGCAAGAUUGUUGACCUGCGCCUCGCCGAAGUGCAGAAGCGGCUUGAUCAUAACGGUCGCAACGUCCUCAUUCAGUGCACCGAGGAGGUCAAGGAUUAUCUCGGUGCUGCGGGCUACUCCCCUGCUUACGGUGCUCGGCCACUGGCUCGUCUUAUCGAAAGUGAGGUUCUCAACCGCCUGGCGGUGCUUAUUCUGCGCGGCAGCAUCAAGGACGGUGAGCCUGCGCGGGUUGUUCUUCGCGACGGACGCAUCGAUGUCCUUCCCAACCACGACCUCGACUCCAGCAGCGACGAUGAAGAUGAAGCCAUGGUGGACUCGGACGAUGCGGUUGCCGAGAUGGAGGAUGGUAGUGGCGAUAUGGAUCUGUACGAGGAGUAA